GCUCGGCACGGCGCGGGGAGGGGGUGGGGGCGAGGAUUCUGGGCGGGGAAGGGGACAGGAGGGUGGUGGGGAGGAGAGAUAAGAAGGGGAAGAGGGAGAGCGCGGGGCCAGCAGCCGGGUGGGCGGGGAGGCCGCGGGAGGGAGCGCGGAGGAGAGCCGAGGCCAAGUGCAUUGUGUCUGGCGGCGGCGCGCGAGCCCACCGGCGGCGGCGGGGCUGCGGCGGGGCGGGGAGCCAUGGAGCCGCGGGCGCUCGUCACGGCGCUCAGCCUCGGCCUCAGCCUCUGCUCCCUGGGGCUGCUGGUCACGGCCAUCUUCACCGACCACUGGUACGAGACGGACCCCCGGCGCCACAAGGAGAGCUGCGAGCGCAGCCGCGCGGGCGCCGACCCCCCGGACCAGAAGAACCGCCUGAUGCCGCUGUCGCACCUGCCGCUCCGGGACGCGCCCCCGCUCCGGCGCCGGCUGCUCCCCGGCCGCCCCGGGCACGCGGACCCCGAGUCCUGGCGCUCGCUGCUGGGGCUCGGGGGGCCGGACGCCGAGUGCGGCCGGCCCCUCUUCGCCACCUACUCCGGCCUCUGGAGGAAGUGCUACUUCCUGGGCAUCGACCGGGACAUAGACACCCUCAUCCUCAAAGGUAUUGCGCAGCGGUGCACGGCGAUCAAGUACCACUUUUCUCAGCCAAUCCGCUUACGAAACAUUCCUUUCAAUUUAACGAAGACAAUACAGCAAGAUGAAUGGCAUCUGCUUCAUUUGAGAAGAAUCACAGCCGGCUUCCUGGGCAUGGCCGUGGCCGUCCUGCUCUGCGGCUGCAUCGUGGCCACGGUCAGUUUCUUCUGGGAGGAGAGCCUGACCCAGCACGUGGCCGGCCUCCUGUUCCUCAUGACAGGAAUAUUUUGCACCAUUUCCCUCUGCACUUACGCCGCCAGCAUCUCCUAUGACUUGCACCGCCUCCCGAAGCUCAUUUACAGCCUGCCCGAUGAUGUGGAACACGGCUACAGCUGGUCUAUCUUUUGCGCCUGGUGCAGUUUAGGCUUCACUGUGGCAGCUGGAGGUCUCUGCAUCGCUUACCCAUUUAUUAGCCGGACCAAGAUUGCACAGCUAAAGUCUGGCAGGGACUCCACGGUAUGACUGUCCACACUCAAGUUCACUGCUCGGUGGCCCGUCCACAGUGCAGACGACUCCUGAGGGGAACGGAGUGGAGUUCGCAUCAGGAUCCCAAGCACAAAGCGGUCUUUUACAUUCCAGCCUGCUGCCUGCCAGCCGUUUCUGGAUGACCGAUAUACAGUCAUGCAAAACCUCCCCACCUUCCUAAGGACAAGACUACUGUGGGUUCAAGUGCUUUAAUGACUACGUAUGCUUUGACUGUGAGGAGUAGGGAGCCAGUGCCAUGGAACACUUCUAGGUUUUAGACACAGAGGAGGUGGCAGUGGGAGAAUGUGUCUGAUUGCCACUUAUUGCAGAAAGUUUGUAUAUAACAAUUACCUGAGAGUCAUUUCUAUUUGCAAAGGGAUUCGUAACAAAGCAAGUAUCAUUUUUUUUGUCCUCGGACCAUGCUUGUUAAAUUUUCAUACAGCAUCUUCAGAACUUGUCCUGAUGGUGUCUCGUUGUGUCAGCACCAAAUGUCUGUGGAUGUUCCUUGUCACAGGAGGAUUCUUCUUCUGUUGCCUUAUUUAUUUUUUAAUUGAAGUUUCUUCUCCGCCUUUGUACUGGAAUCAAAUCCAUAAGGAAAACAGAUCAGCUGUGUAAGAGCUAUUCCGUGACACUAUGCAGUAUUGUUUGAAGUCCUAUCUGUUGUCCACCCGCGCGGUCUCUUCACCUUAACUGAUUUCUGCAUUAAAUGACUGCCCCCUUGUUAA